UUUAAUGAAGCCCCCUGCAAACUCUUUUUGCACGCUCAUUGUCUGUUAGUUAUGCAACCAAAUGCUACUGAGGCUUCCCUCCAAACUCAAACCUCCAAAACCCAAAACCCUAAUCUCUCUUCUUCUUACAUCUCACACAUCAUCACCUUAUCACACAUUCUCUUUAUCCCUACUGCAAACCCAUAAACACUUCAACCAUUUCACCCAAAUCCUCUCUCAUGCCUUCACUUCAGGCUUCUUCGCUAACCCAUACAUUUCCAGCCAACUCCUCAGCCAUUGUCUUUCAAAUCCUGAUUUUACCCUCACCUUUUCUCAUACCAUUUUCUCCCAAAUCCCUAACCCCAAUGUCCAUUCUUGUAAUUUCCUCCUCCGUGCAUACUCACACAGUUCAUUCCCUGAACAAGCCAUUAGUCUUUACAAUCAAAUGAUGCGGAAAAGUAUGAUUCUUGAUAAUUUCACUUUCCCUUUUGUACUCAAAGCUUGCGGUAGAUUAAAUAAUUUUCACAAGGGUGUUGAAGUUCAUUGUGUGAGUUUGAAAAUGGGGUUUGGAUUUGAUGUAUUUGUGCAAAAUGCAUUGGUUUAUAUGUAUUUCCAAUGCGGGGUUGUUGAGUUUGCACAGAAGGUGUUUGAUUUUAUGCCCGACUCAGGUCGAGACGUUGUCACUUGGAAUAGUAUGAUUUCUGGGUAUUUACAAUGUGGAUUUUGUCAUCAAGCAGUGAAAACGUUUGGAAAAAUGUUGCACGAAAGUGGUGUGAGGUUGAAUGAUGUAAGUAUCGUGAGUGCUCUUACUGCGUGUGCAAGAACUGGGUUGCUUGAUUUGGGGAAGAAGAUUCAUGGGUUGAUUGUUGUUUAUGGGCUUGUGAUUGAUGUGUUUCUGGGUUCUUCUUUAAUUGACAUGUACACAAAAUGUGGGCAGUUAGAGGAUGCUAGGAAGGUUUUUGAUAGAUUAUUAGAUAAAAAUGCAGUCUGUUGGACUUCUAUGAUUGCAGGUUAUUUGCAGUCGGAUAUGUUUAAGGAAGCAAUAGAAUUAUUUAGGGAGAUGCAGAUGGCUGGGGUUAAUGCCGAACCUGCCACAAUUGCUUGUGUUGCUUCUGCAUGUGGGCAUUCGGGUGCACUAGAUUUGGGAAGGUGGGUGCAUAAUUAUUGUGAAAAGAGUGGUAUUGAAAUGAACCUUGUAGUGAAGAAUUCUUUGAUUGAUAUGUACUCUAAAUGUGGAUUAGUUGAUAAGGCUCUUGAAGUUUUUCAUUUGUUAACUAAUAAGGAUGUUUAUUCGUGGAGUAUGAUGAUUUCUGGGCUAGCUAUGAAUGCAAGAUCCGAUGAGGCUUUGCAAUUAUUUUCACUAAUGGAAGGAUCAAGUGGAGUAAGGCCAAAUGGCGUAACAUUUCUUGGGAUCUUAUCUGCCUGUAGUCAUGGUGGGUGUGUUGGUGAAGGCUUUUACUACUUUGAGAAGAUGACCGGGCAAUACAAAUUGCCCCCCGGGGUUGAGCACUAUGGAUGCCUGGUUGAUCUUUUGGGCCGUGCAAAUCUUCUGGUUGAGGCUAUGGAGUUCAUCGGUUCCAUGCCCAUUCAGCCAGAUGCUGUCAUUUGGCGAUCCUUGCUUUUCGCUUGUAGUAGACACGGAAAUGUAGAGUUGGCGGAAGUUGCUGCCAAAAAGAUUAGUGAAUUAGAGCCAGAGAAAUGUGGGGCACAUGUACUGCUGUCUAAUGCUUAUGCCUCUGCAUCUAGGUGGAAGGAUGUGAGAAUGGUAAGGAGGAAUAUGGGUGCUGAGGGAAUCCAGAAGCAACCUGGAUGUUCUUUUAGUGAAAUAGAUGGUUCUGUUCAUGAAUUUCUUGUUGCUGAUAGCGUACACUGUCAGAUUGGCGUCAUAUGUGAUACACUUCAAGCAAUGAAUGUAGUUCUUAAAUCAAGAUUAUUUGAGCUUGAUUUUCUGGAUUAUUAGCGUUAAUAUGCUAAUAUCACGGUUAUCACAUGAUAUCGUCCCAACAUGUAAGUCCAUUGGUCAUUUUUCCCGAUAUAAAUGCCUAAGAUCAGAAGUAAUUCAUGCUAAUAUCUGCACUAGGAUGAGAAGCUGGUGUCUUGAAGACUCUGUAUUGUGUUACUAAUUUGACAAAUUCUUCUG